AUGCUGGCGUCCAAACCUUAUUCUGGUUCGCUGGGUAUGCAGGCAUCCCAGACACCGACACCAUCAUACAGCGUUGGUUCAUCGCAGAAGUCUGCAGGACUGAAACUACAAGAGGGAGCGAUGUUUACUAGUCCUACGGAUUCGGACUUUUUGGAUGGUCAUGAUGGACUUGAAACUGUUCGUUCUUGGGACGAGAAGCAAGUUAUUGCUUGGCUUCAUAGCAUCAACUGCGGUCAAUAUGAAUAUUUGUUCAAAGCAAACAAUUUCAAUGGGGACAACCUCAUCGAAUGUGACCAGAAGAUUCUCCAAGAAAUGGGAAUAAAGAAAAUCGGCGAUCGUGUACGGAUAUUUGUUGCCAUUAAACAACUUAGAAAUAGAUCCGUCGCUAAUCGCAAACAAAAGAACAUGAUUCAAUUGGCUGCACUUGAAGCUUCAACUCUUGGAUCCUCUUCGUCGCUUUCUAGCUCCCGCCAGCUCGGAAAGUCAUCGUCACGUCCCGUGUCGCCCCUGCGAGCUCAGCGGUAUGGUAGCCCGGCUGAGUCUGGACGGAGAGACUAUUUCGGUCACCACGUUUCCAAUGAAUCCAACUCUGCGCGGAACCCCGGAACACCAGGUGAACAAACCCCUGGUGUUAAGGGCUCGCAUCUCAGGCGAAACCCCAGCAUGGAUGGUUUGACGAUGGGUCCUUUGCCUAGAUCGCCAAUUAUUAGAGUUAUCUACACUGGUGGGCAGACGAAGGUCCUGGACAUCAAACACUGCAAAACCCCAGAUGAAGUCAUCCUCUGUGUUCUGAAGAAGCUGCAGCUUCCUGAGCAUCAAUAUCGCAACUAUUGCUUCUAUGUAUUGGAUGGCUUGGACCCAGAACCGGCCAACUGCAGGAGACUUUCCGAUUCUGAGCUCAUGGAAGUAUGCGAGGCAUACAACCGCUCAGAGCGAGGUCGCUUGAUCCUACGUAUGACUCAUUCUGGCAAACCUGACCUUGAUGAGCUUCGCCGUGCUUCUCAGCUCGCGAUGGACGAAAGCCAGAUCACGCAUAGCAAUGCUCUACACAACUCUAAUACGCGAAACCAAAUGAAGAUCAAACAGAUUACUGGGGAGGACUUGAAGAAGAUUAUGACGAGACCAAUGUCUCCCGCCAGCAAGAACUCGCGUCACUCGAACUCAGAUCGCAACCCGGCAUCCAAGCUGCAGUCAUUCUUUGGUGCCAGACCUCCAAGCGAAAUGAUCAUCCACGAGAUCCAACAGUAUUUCCCAAGCCACCAGCGGGAGGAGAUCGAGAAGACGAUGCGCAUGUCAGUACGGAGGUCACAGCGUCUUAGCCGGGCUGCAAGCCGUUUAAGUGUCGUCAGCAAUGCAAGCUAUGCAUCCAGUUUGCGCGAGGCCAGCUUGCGCGAUGCUCCACCAAUCCCUAGCAUCGCUGACACCUGGCGCACCGGCGCAGGACAGCCCAAUGCUCAGAACAAUGUGCAGAAGGCCAACAACCGUCUGUCGAGACCGCUUUCGGUCUCAUCACGAUUCAACCUCCCCCAGACGUCGUAUAGAGAUUCUAUUGCAUCUAGCUCUCUCCAACCUCUCCAAGAGGAGUCGCCUAUCGAGCCGAAUCGCAAGUCAUAUGUUUCCUUCGAUAGUGCGUCUGAAGAUGCCGCUACUUUUCGUCAGAGUAUCAUCGAUGAUGAGAACGCUAGCGUUGCUGCCACCGAUGGUGGCUCACUCAGUGAACGGUUAAGCGUUAUUGUUGCAGAUGAUGAAGAAGAGGAGGACGAUGAACUUCAAGAUUUCUUGGCUGGAAACAACUUCGCACCACAGAAUUGGAUGAAGGGUUCACUCAUUGGUGAAGGAUCGUUUGGAAGCGUUUUCCUUGCCCUUCACGCAAUUACUGGAGAGCUCAUGGCUGUCAAGCAAGUCGAGAUACCCUCGGCAACUCAGGGUACUGAGUUCGAUAAACGGAAGAACAGCAUGGUUACUGCACUGAAGCAUGAGAUCGAUCUCCUGCAAGGCCUUCAUCAUCCGAAUAUUGUACAGUACCUGGGAACUAUCGCCGACGAGCAAUAUCUGAACAUUUUCCUGGAAUACGUCCCUGGGGGUUCUAUUGCUUCGAUGCUCAAGCAGUACAAUACUUUCCAGGAGCCAUUGAUCAAGAACUUUGUCCGACAGAUCCUGACCGGUCUUCAAUAUCUUCACGACCGUGACAUCAUCCACCGUGAUAUCAAAGGCGCCAACAUCCUGGUCGACAACAAGGGUGGCGUCAAGAUCUCUGAUUUCGGUAUCUCCAAGCGUGUCGAGGCUUCCACUGUUCUCGGUUCUCGAGCUAGCGGAGGUAGUCAUCUCCAUCGGCCCUCUUUGCAGGGUAGUGUUUACUGGAUGGCACCGGAAGUCGUACGGCAGACAGCCCAUACCAAGAAGGCCGACAUUUGGAGUUUGGGUUGUCUCGUCGUUGAGAUGUUCAUCGGAGCCCAUCCAUUUCCGGAUUGCAGUCAGCUCCAGGCUAUCUUCGCCAUCGGCAACCACAAAGCACGUCCUCCUGCCCCGGAGCAUGCGAGUAAAGAAGCCACCGCAUUCUUGGACAUGACGUUCCAGAUAGAUCACCAGAAGAGACCUGAUGCGGAUGAGCUGCUGAAGUCGCAGUUCUUGUCUUUACCACUUGCAUGA